CGGUGCUUUUGAAAACUUUUGGAGAAACCAGAGUGGAUCUACAACUCAACGAACACGUUCGCAGGGAAACAGCUCCACAACCGCGCCGGCGGAGGUCUGCGCGCCGGCGGAGGUCUGCGCCCCGGCGGAGGUGGGAUCCCGGCCCCGCUACGAACCGGCCGUCGCAGACCAGCGAAAUACAACUGGGGAGGCUCGACUGACAUCACUGGCGUCCAUGAAUGGAGAAGGACUUCUUACUGGAACUGAAACGAUGUACCGUACAACCGUGGGAUUGAACUCUUUAAGAAAGAAAGGAGGAUGGAGUUUGUCUUUAAGUGAACAGCACUUGCGUCCCGUCAUGCACGGAUUCAUGUAUCUGGACCAUAGCUGUUCAACUGUAGCAGGACAGCACAGGAGGCCCAGGCAUAGAAUGCACGGCCCGCCACUGCAAUGAGCACUACAGAGGGACCUUCAGUCUGUGGUGUCAUCCUAAGUUUGAGGACCGCUGUCACUCCGUGGUGGAGUUCAUAGAAAGAGCCAUCAUGCACUCUAAGAACGGGAAGUUCCUCUACUUCCUGCGCUCCAGAGUCCCUGGUCUACCCCCGACCCCGGUCCAGCUCCUGUACCCGGUCUCCAGGUUCAGCAGCGUUAAAACUCUGCAGCAUCUCUGUCGCUUCUGCAUCAGACAGCUGGUCCGGAUCGACCACAUCCAGGAGCUGCCUCUGCCCACGCCUCUGAUUUCCUACCUGAAGAAGUUUUAUUACUACGACCCCGAAGAGGAGAUCAGCCCGUCGCUGAAGGAGAGAGGACCGGAGCCCCGGAUGCGGCCGGUCCAGCAGGGGGUCCAGCCAGUCCAGCAGGGGGUCCAGCCAGUCCAGCAGGGGGUCCAACCGGUCCAGCAGGGGAUCCAGCCAGUCCAUCAGCGGGUCCAGCCGGUCCCGCAGGUCCAGCCGAUUCAGCCCGUCCAGCAGGAGGUCCAGUCAGUCCUGCCAGUCCAGCAGGGGAUCCAGUCUCAAACGUAGCAUUGGAGCCUCAGAGAACCAAUUCUCUUCUUAGUUUUUACAUUGGAAACGAUCAGCUGACUGGAGGACUCGCAGCCAAUCAGCUGCCUUCGCUCGGCCCCGUAUCCGGGCGGGUUUCAGAUGCUCUGGCCUCCUCUAGUGGAGUGUCUACACGGAGGGACAGGUGGACGCAAGAGACUCCGCCUCUCUGAUGAUGUCAUCACCGAGCAGCCGGACUAACGAUGACAUCGCUGUUGGCAAAGCCGAGCUCAUUGUUGACGAAACGUUCCGUCGACCUUUAGGAUCCAAAACACGGAAGUUCAUCUUUAAAAUCAUCUCGACUUCACCGGAGCUUUCAACCACCAUGAGGAUCUUCUUCAUCGUGUUUCAUGCUGCUGAGGACGUGUUCUACUCUUUAGAAUGUUUAUCUUUCUCUCGUCAAACACACCAGACUCCAUCCAUAAAAACAGUGACUUAAGCUCUCAGGUUAGCAACAUGCUAACGCUAGUCCGUCACAGCGGCUCCUCUGAAACCCGUUCGCGUUCAGUCCUCAGGAUCUAUUCUUUCAGGUAGCAUGCUAGUUAGCUCAGUGGCUAACGGCAUACGUCCUCCUGACUGAGAGUUUAGAGUUCGUUAUGAGCUACGCUAGCUUCCUUCUCUUUGGACCAAUCAGAGGUCGGCUCUGUCAUGGACGGCUCUUCAUUGGUCUGCAACACAAAUUCAGCGUGAGCUCGUUAAGGGGGUGAAGCUUGAACCUUGAGGUGUGAUUGUUUUGUGAUGAACAGAGACCGGACGAGUCCCGAUGAAGACGUUCAUUUAAAGUUCCUCUUCUUCAUCUUCAACAGUUUACAUCAUUUUCAGACAAACAUUUCUGAACUGAUCUCUGAUUUCUUGUUACUGGAACAAGCUGGACUGGACUUCUAUUGAUUCACACACUGGUAGAUGAAAUGUGGCAAAAUGAUGUCAUCACCUGUUAAUAAACAGAGUGGGAGGGGCUUAAGGUC